CAGAAAUCUUCACGAUCCCCAAUCCAACGGCCACGAAUGUCUCAACCGCCAUGGCCGAUAAACUCGCUAUACCCAAGCUCGUUGGCCGUUUCCACUUUGCUUCUCUGCUCUCCGGCAGCAUCAGAGCUAGACAAAACACCAUAGCCAUAUAUAUGUACGUGCAUGCAUGUGUGUGGAUGUACGUAUGACCAUGAGGUUGCAGACAAUUUCUGUUAAUCGCCAUUCAUUGUAGGAGAAUCUCAAUUAUCGAUUUGAAAAUGGAGGGAAAAUGAAGAGGGCAGAGGCUCCGGAAAUUUGGGAGGACUCUGACUGCUGUGAAAAAUGAUCAAAAAUGAGAAAAAGUCGAACAGAUGUACAAAAACUAACCGAUCUAUUUCGAGUGCCAUCCACAGAAAACAUUAUUAAAAAAAAUAGGAGAAGGAGAAAUCAGAGCGAAGAACUUCGCGGAUCGUCGGCGAUGAUUCUGCGGAGGAGGAGAUUCAUGAGUUCCGUACAGAGAUCGAGGCGCCGAUGAGUAAGAAAAAGAAGAUGAAAUUCGAAUUAUACAAUGAGGCGGCGGAGGAGGAGGACCAAAACCCUAACGCCGUGUCCAAUUUCCGGAUUUCGGAGCCGCUGAGGGAGAUGCUGAAGGAGAAAGGCAUAGAAUCGCUGUUUCCGAUUCAGUCCAUGACGUUUAACGCCAUUCUCGAUGGCUCUGAUUUGGUUGGAAGAGCUCGCACUGGUCAGGGCAAAACAUUGGCGUUUGUGCUACCCAUAUUGGAGUCAUUGACAAAUGGUCCAGCAAAGACGAUGAGAAGAACAGGGUAUGGAAGAUCACCGAGCGUUCUUGUGCUCUUACCCACAAGAGAAUUGGCCACACAGGUGUUUGCUGACUUUGAGAUGUAUGGUGGUGUAUUAAGCUUGAAAUCAUGUUGUUUGUAUGGAGGUUCUCCCUACCAGCCACAACACAUUCAAUUGAGGAAAGGUGUAGACAUUGUUGUCGGCACACCUGGUCGCAUAAAGGAUCACAUAGAGAGAGGGAAUAUAGACUUGAGCGCGCUAAAGUUUCGAGUACUUGAUGAGGCUGAUGAGAUGCUGAGAAUGGGAUUUGUAGAAGAUGUCGAACUUAUUCUAGGCAAGGUAAAGGAUGCUAGCGAAGUUCAAACGCUUCUUUUCAGUGCUACCUUACCGGAUUGGGUCAAGCAUAUUGCCACGAAAUUCUUGAAACGAGAUAAGCAGACGGCAGAUCUUGUUGGGAAUGAGAAAAUGAAGGCCAGCACCAAUGUGAGGCAUAUUGUUCUUCCUUGCGCGACCUCUGCCAGAUCCCAACUUAUUCCUGAUAUCAUCCGUUGUUAUAGUAGCGGAGGGCGUACUAUUAUUUUUACAGAGACAAAGGAUUCUGCUUCGACACUGGCUGGAUUGCUAUGCGGCGCUCGUGCAUUGCAUGGAGAUAUACAACAGGCUACACGCGAGGUCACUCUUUCUGGAUUCAGGUCAGGGAAAUUUUCGACACUUGUUGCUACAAAUGUGGCUGCACGAGGAUUGGAUAUCGACGAUGUUCAGUUAAUUAUUCAGUGUGAACCGCCUCGAGAUGUCGAAGCAUACAUUCAUCGAUCUGGAAGGACAGGCAGGGCAGGGAAGAGUGGCGUAGCUGUAAUGCUUUAUGAUCCAAAGAAGUCGAAUUUCUCCAAGAUAGAAAGAGAGUCGGGAGUUAAAUUCGAGCACAAAUCCGCUCCUCAGCCAGCCGAUAUAGCAAAGGCUGCUGGCACAGAAGCUGCAAAGAAAAUCAUGGAGAUCUCUGAUAGUGUUGUGCCGGUGUUUAAAUCUGUCGCUGAAGAGCUGCUCACUUCAUCUGCUCUAUCGCCAUCGGAACUGCUUGCAAAGGCCCUGGCAAAGGCUGCUGGCUACACCGAGAUCAAGAGCCGAUCUCUUCUCACUUCAAUGGAGAAUUAUGUCACUGUCCUCCUCCAAUGUGGACGGCCGAUAUACACUGCAUCAUUUGCAUACGGUGUUCUUCGAAGAUUCUUGCUGGAGGAGAAGGUGAAGUUGAUCAAAGGACUUGGCUUGACAGCCGAUGGGAAUGGAGCUGUGUUCGAUGUGCCUGCAGCAGAUCUUGACAACUUCCUCGUUGGCCAGAAAAAUGCUCCCGGUGUAAGCCUAGAGGUCGUGCAAUCGUUGCCGCGCUUGCAAGAACGUGACCAUGCAAGAAGGGGACAGUCGCGGACGCGCGGUGGCGAAGGCCGGGGCGGCUUUCACGACAGGAGAGAUGGUAGGUUCUUGAGUGGACGAGGGGGAUAUCCUCCCUCUGAUCGAAGAAAUGAUAAAAUGUAUCGUGGCGGAGGCAGCAGAGGCGAUGGCGGCGGGAGGGGUGGCUUUGCUUCUUCUAUUCAGCAGGCCGAUAGAUUCUCUCGAGGCCAUGGCGGCGGCGCAAGAGGCCGGGGUGGUAAUAACAACUACCGGAAAUGGUGAAACUCUUUCAGCAUUAGUUUGAUGUUUGCAUGAGAGAAUUUAGAAUACGUAGUUGAUCAUUUAUGUUUUACUGUAUUUUAUCAAAAUAUUUUUAUUUUGGCUGCUAGUUUAUGUACUUUUCGAUCAUUUAUUUAGAGCAGGCUACAUCCUUUUUUCGGUUUUUUCUGAUUGAGACAAAGACAAUCAAUAGGGCGGAGUCGUUUAAUGAUCCGAUGUUUUUAAGGUUCGGUUUUAGUUUUAGUUUCAAGGUGCUUCGGCCGUGAAUUGCCAGUUCGAACCAGUGGUUGGUUUAGACCUUUUUUUUCGUAAAAGAGCCCAAAAAAAAGUUGAACUUGUGGCAGUUGACCUCUGUGCGAUCGUAUAUCUUCGAC